UCUAACAUCAUCAUUUCAGGCGGGCACUUUGCUCGUUCUCUAUCGCCAACUCAUUCUCCCCUAUCUCCCUUACUCACAGUCUCACACACACUCACUUUUCAUACAUUUGCCAAUUGUAAUUAAUGCACCUUCAUCUUCACCCCAACAACCUUCUCCCUCCUCCUCAAAUUUAAAGAAUACUGCUGCUAACAUUUUUCUUCAUGUAACAAGCUAUUUCCAUAUUUCUAUACAUACAGUGAAAUGCUAUAUGAGCAAUCUCCACUGAUUGAAUGUCAUUUUUUCUAGCUGGCUUGGUUACCGGUCCUCGGCGUGUUCAACGAGCUUGAUCUUUGACUUUGAGAAAAAGGGACCUAGAAUCUGUAUUCAAAAUCUCGUGACCCCUCCUAACUGUCUUUGCUUGGUCAAAUACUAUCUGAUCUGUAAAAAUUGAUUCUUGUGUGCCAAGAAGAAGAGGUUGUUCUUUGAUUUAAUUCUGAUGGUCUGUUGUUUCCCAUUCUGAGAUAAUGGGGGGUUGUGUCUCAGUUAGUAGUCAGAGCACUUGUAGUAGCAGGAGUAAUGGAGAGAGGAUGUCUCCGUCUUGUUUGUGCAUAGAUAUGCUUAGGCGCAAGAGAAGUAGGAGGACAUUUUCCGACCAUGUCGCCACUUUGCAGCAUCUUUCCUCUAUCCCUAACCGGAUGAUCACCAAUGGGAAGAGCAGCAAUUCUUGCAUAUUCACUCAGCAAGGCCGGAAAGGCAUAAACCAGGAUGCUAUGAUCGUGUGGGAAGAUUUUAUGGGAGAAGAUGUUACUUUUUGUGGCGUCUUCGAUGGCCACGGGCCCCAUGGACAUAUGGUGGCUCGUAAAGUUAGGGAAAUGCUGCCGCUAAAGAUAUCCUCUUUUAUGAACUCCUCUGAGUCUGAGCCGAUGACGAGUGGUUCAAGUGUGAAUUGUUGCAACGGGAAUGUGAAAUCAGAUGUGGUAGAUCCCGUGAAGGAUAUACCUGUCGAGGAGGGAGUGGAGUCUUCAUGGAGAGAAGCUUUUCUGAAAGCGUACAAGUCGAUGGACAAAGAGUUGAGGUCUCAUCCUAAUUUGGAUUGCUUCUGCAGUGGCAGUACGGCCGUGUCGGUUAUAAAACAGGGUCGGAAUCUUUUCAUUGGCAAUAUUGGUGAUUCGAGAGCUAUAUUGGGAUCUAAAGAUAGCAACGAUUCGAUGGUGGCAGUCCAAUUGACAGUCGAUCUAAAGCCUGAUCUGCCCAAGGAAGCAGAGAGGAUAAAGAGGUGUAAAGGUCGAGUCUUUGCUUUACAAGAUGAGCCUGAAGUGCAACGAGUUUGGCUUCCAUUUGAUGAUGCUCCUGGUUUAGCAAUGGCUCGCGCAUUUGGAGAUUUUUGCUUAAAGGAAUAUGGAGUUAUCUCCAUCCCUGAAUUCUCCCAUUGGACUCUCAGUGACCGAGACAAAUUUGUCGUUCUUGCAUCAGAUGGGGUAUGGGAUGUCCUGAGCAACGAGGAAGUGGUCGAGAUAGUAUCAUCGUCCCCAACAAGGUCCUCCGCUGCUCGGAUCCUAGUUGAGCAUGCUGCCCGCGAAUGGAAAGCCAAGUAUCCAACUUCAAAGAUGGACGACUGCGCUGUGGUCUGCUUAUUCCUAGAUGGGAAGAUGGAUACUGAGUCCGACAACGAGGAGCAGAGCUUCUCAUCAGCGACCCUCCAGAGCAACCACUCGGGCAACGUCAUGGAAUCAGACGACGGCCAGCACUCCGAGCCGUGCCUGCAGCGGAACUUCACCGUCAGGUCUUCGGAGGACAACGAGCACAACAGCAGGGUGCCGGUUGGGGUGGACAACGCAGGCGGCGGCGAGGAUCAGAACUGGUCGGGUUUGGAAGGCGUGACGAGAGUGAACUCUCUUGUUCAACUUCCCAGAUUCUCCGAAGAAAGGCCGGGGCAGUAGCGACGUCGUUUUGAUUGAACGUCUUAGAAGUAGCGCUGUCUGAAAAAUCCAAGAAAUAUUGGUUUUUUUUACAACUAUAAGAUUUGAUCAAAUCGUAUUUAUGGUUCUUGCAUAUAUUUUGAAAAGUUGAAAUUUAUCUGUUAUUUUUUCAUGAGAAUUUCUUUAGCUGAUAAUAGUAGCUGCAAACAUUAUAUAUGGCCAUGUAGCAUCUUAUGGUGUUUCACCUA